UUCGUCCCAUUUCCAGUUUUCCACGCCGAUUAAAUUUUCGCUCAGCCUCGUUCCUGCCCGGAUUAGUGGGGCGGGAACAGAGAUGGCAAAACUCGGUCCUGCCCAAUAACACAAGAAAACGACGACGUUAUGGUCCAAAUUUCCGAGUCCCUUUCUUUCAUUUCUUUGCCCGUGCAAAAUUUUCACAAGAUUCUAGCGCAACGAACAACAAAAUCCUAGACCUCUCAUACAAUAUCUGGUCAUUUAUCACUCGAACACAAUCUUCUUGAGUCACCAGUAAAGGAAUACAUAUUGCUCAACUCUUUGUUUGGGUUCAUAUAAUGGAGGGAGUGGGAGAUGACAGUGGGGCACCUAUUGCCAAAUGGAGGAGUGAUUUUUCCAGGGCAUUUCAGUACUGUCUUGAUAGAUCAACCCCUCAUACAAUGCGGAGGUGGCUAGGAACUUUGGCUGUGGCAAUGAUAUAUGUUUUACGAGUUUACCAUCUUCAAGGGUUUUAUGUUGUUUCCUAUGGUCUGGGGAUCUAUAUUUUGAAUCUCUUGAUUGGUUUUCUGUCGCCCAAGGAUGAUCCUGAGCUUGAAGCGUUGGAUGGGGCUUCCUUACCAACCAAAGGUUCUGAUGAGUUCAGGCCUUUUAUUCGCCGACUGCCUGAGUUUAGGUUCUGGUAUGCCAUCACAAAAGCUUUUGUUGUGGCUUUUCUUUUGACCUUCUUCUCUGUAUUGGAUGUACCUGUUUUCUGGCCAAUAUUGUUAUGUUACUGGAUUGUUCUAUUUGUCCUCACAAUGAAACGGCAAAUCCUACAUAUGGUCAAAUACAAAUAUGUCCCUUUCAAUAUUGGAAAGCAGGUUGUGUUGGUUAAAAUAGGUACACUGGUAAGAAAUCGUCUGCAAUUAGCAGCAUAGCAACAGACUGAGUCACUGAGAGCUGCUGAACCACUAAACAAGGCAGAAGGUGGUCUGAUCUAAGGAUGAGACAUUUUAAACAGAUGAAAUACUGUGAGUCUGUAACUUCUGCAACUUCAACAGUUUGCACUUAAAAGAAAUCUUAUGUUAGUAGACACGUCUUUGUCAGUGUUAUAGAAUUUGUGAACUUUUGGGACAUCCGAGUCAAUUUUGGCCUGGGCGUCUUAUUGAAUAGCUAACAAAACACAGUUUUUGGUA